AUGGUCUCUGUGUUGAAAGACGAAGUGUCAACUAUUGUAGACAUUCAGUCAGACUCAGAAAGAAAACGUAUGCUGGCGACUCAGUGUUGCGCUGUCUGCCACAUCUGUCUCCUCUACCACACAGAAGUGCGCUGGCUCUCCCGGGGUAAUACGACGAGGCGUCUCUUUGAACUGAGGGAUGAACUCCUCGUAUUCUUCACGGAAAAGGAACAUGAUUUUCAGAAAGAUCUGGAGGACGAGGAGUUUAUCUCAAGGUUGGCCUACCUGUCGGACAUUUUUGGAGCCCUCAACCACUUAAACUUGUCGUUCCAAGGGCCCAACUGCACUGUCACAGAGUUCAUCUCGAAGCUGGGAGCAUUUGCCCGGAAGUUGGAUCUGUGGAUGAAGAACGUGGAGAGCAAACGCUACGGAAUGUUCGAACUCCUGACUACCCUUGAGAGCGAGCCCAGUGAUGAAUUAGCCCAAGAAAUCGUCCAUCACCUCUCACUGCUCAAGGCUGAAUUGAAGCAUUAUUUCCCGGAUGUGACAUGUUGUGCCUACAUCGCCAAUCCGUUCUCCGUUGAUCCAGCCAAUCAGCCUGUCGGGACCGGGGAACAAGAGGAACUCAUAGACAUCCAGGCUGAUGAGACAGCAAAGACGAAGCACAAAGAAUGCUCACCUUUAAACUUCUGGGUAAGCAUGGCCUCCUCGUACCCAACGUUAGCCCGUCACGCUGUUCCCCAGCUACUGAUUUUCCCCUCGACGUGGGAGUGCGAACAGGGGUUCUCAGCCUUCAUGACCAUCAAGUCGAAGAGCCGGAACCGUCUUGCUGCUCCCGGGCAUGAUUUCCGAUGUGCUGUGAGCAAAGUCAUGCCCCGCAUUGACCAGCUGGUGGAGAAGAAGCAGAUGCAGCCCUCGCAUUGA